CUUAUUUUCUACCCAAACCCGCCCAUCGGGCUAUAUUUUGACACCCAAACCCUCACUUUUUCGGGCCGGGUUGGACCGGGCCGGCGGGCCGGGCCGCCCAUGAUCACCUCUACUCUAACCGAAACUAUUCCCUUUCAUUUGAUUUCAAUAAGGCAAAAGCCAAAUAUGCGGAGGGGGAAAAAAACAGAGGUUUAAGAGUAGGGCUUUAGUUUUGUUCUAGUUCAUCGUCUUCUUGCUUCAAGCGCUAUUGUUUUUCGGAAAAGUUUCUCUCAAAAAAUGGCGUCCAGAAAGCUUCGUGAUUUCUUCAUCUCCAAUAAACGUCUCUACCUUCAAUUCCUCCUCAAUAAACAACAGUUUCAACUAUCAGAAUCGAGGUUAAAGUUAAAUAACGGAGUUCAUCAUACAUCUAAUCGUCAAUUUAGUGUGUUUAAUGAAUUCUCCAAAAAAAUUAAAGGUGAAACCAGCAGUAAUAAGCAAUUCCAACAGUCAGUUAAUCAACUUAAGGAGAAGGCACAAGAGUUGAGAGGAGUAAAAGAAGAUCUGAAAGUCAGAAUAAAGCAGACAACUCAGCAGCUGCACAAGCAUGUUGAUGGUGUGUGGACAGAAGCUGAAGUCACUGCAAAAAAGGUUUCUGCAUAUACGAAAGACAAGAUAUCAGCUGCAAGUGAGGAGGUCAAAGAAAGUCUUAGUUUGGGGGGCCAAGGGCCUUUUGCGUCUAAUAAUGCUUCAUCUGGUGAGCAACGACAACAAUCUGUACCUAGUGGUUCAGCUGAGACAUUGUUGGGUAAAAUUAGGUCAACUUUUGCUUCAUCUUCUACCAAGAUUUCAUCAUCCUUCCAUGCAUUGAAGGAAGCAAAGGUGGCUGAUUUGGCCAAGAGGAGUUAUAACUUAGUGAAGGAAGAAUUGAGCGGAAAACCGAAUAGAAGGAAACGAAUGCAUUAUGCUUCAUCAUCAACAGGAGAAACGAGUGAUAGAACUGAAAUUGUUGUGGUACCAGUGAAGCUAUCCGCAUGGAGCAAAAAGUGGGAGGAAGUGAAAGAAAAGAUGCAAAGCCAUCCAAUGUUCAAACGUGCGACAAAGAUGAGUGGGCCUAUGGUAACUAAGAGCCAAGAGUUAGCAGAGGAUUUACAGGAGAGGUGGGAGACUAGUGAUAGCCCUGUUGUCCAUAAAAUUCAGGAUCUUAAUGACAGAGUUUUUGGAGAAAAUGAUGCUGCAAUGUCAUUCAAAGAAAUUCGCCGUCGUGAUCCCUCCUUUUCUUUGCCUGAUUUUGUAGCUGAGGUUCAAGAAGUCAUCAAGCCAAUUUUGAAUGCAUACCUCAAGGGAAACUUUAAAGUAUUGGAAAAAUAUUGUAGCCCAGAAGUUGUGGAGCGGUGUAAAGCGGAGCAUAAAGCUUAUGAAAGCCAAGAUAUUUUCUUUGAUAACAAGAUUUUGCAUGUAUCUGAGGUGGAUGUUAGAGAGACAAAAAUGAUGGGUUCAAGUCCCAUUAUUAUUCUUGCGUUUCAAACACAGCAAGUGUAUUGUGUACGUGAUAAACAAGGUUCAAUAAAGGAGGGAAGCAAGGACACUAUUCAUACUGUAUAUUACGCAUGGGCUAUGCAACAAAUUGAGCCAGAAGAUAUUGAUGAGGAUGCUAUUUACUCAAUGUGGAGGCUAAGGGAGAUGCAACAACUUGGCAUCGCCGCUCUUAUAUAGGGUGCAAUUGUGCAACAUUCAUUUUUCCCCUUCUAUAGCAAUCUUCAAUUAUUUGGUAACAAAAAGUUAGUCAAAGUGGAAUCAGUAAUUUGAAGUUUUAUGAGAGUGAAAAGUUUUGUAUAUUAGGAAACAUCCUAAUCGUGAAAUGUAUUUAUAAAUGAAAUAUUCAAUUAGGAGAAAGCUGCAUGGUGCAAUGUGCAACGAGGAGAAGGGCUUUUGGGAUGCAAACAGGGCUGGUUCGUCUGCUUGGUUUUCACAUUACUUUGUUCGUUUCUAUGUACUGCUCUCGGCCCUCGAGACGGACCUAUUAGACGCAUUGGAUAUAUAAUGCAUGCAUUUAUUUGUACCUCAUCAUACUCUACUCAUCAAAUUUUGAGUUUCUAUGUUUGCCCUGUCUAAUACAUAGUAUAAUACUUUUUGUACUUAUGUACACAGGCCUUUAGGGCACGAAUUGAUUCAUCAAAUAUGUAAUUCAAUAUCAUCAUACUCAUCAAUGUUUUUAUGACAA